ACUGAGAGAGAGAAACGCCCAAGGACAAAGUCUCUGCAAUUUAGCAUAUGCUUACAGCCAGCUGAAAAACUAUGACAUGGCAGAGUAUUACUAUCAAGAGGCACUUAAUGCAUUUGUGGAUGUGGGUGAUUUAUAUGGCCAGCAACAAGUCUGCGAAGGAUUGGGUGCUACUAGUUUCUGCCUAGGUGAUGUAGAUCAGGCCAUCUCGUAUUACAAACAAGCUCUGACUCUGUUUGGAAAGUCAAAGGAAACAUCUGAUCUCUCCAGAGAAAGGGUUUUAGGGAAACUGAGGGAUGCUGUUAAGUAUCAAACCAGUCAUCAGUGUCCUGUUUCAUGCAGAGAUAGCUUUUCAAACACAAUAGCAGCUCAAUCUUCUCCCAAAGUUGCCAGAGAUGACCAUGGUUCUGUGAUAUCUGAACAAGAAACAUAUCUAUAUGAUGAGCCACAGAACGAGUAUUCUGGUAAUGAAAAGAAACAGAGAGAUGGAUAUACUGAAAGGAGUGUCACUUCCAGAACAGAUUCAAUGUCAUCUCACCUUAUUCCACAGUAACAAAGGUGCUGGCAGCUUCUUCCAUCCCAAAGGAUCCCAAAGCACUUUACAAAACUUACUGGAUAAAACUGUACAUAGAGCAUCAACUACUGAGAAUGCAGCCAUCUCUGGGAAGGAGAUUGGCAGACAACCGCUCUACAUUGGGAUUAGAGGAUAUUUUAGUGAAGAACACAGGCUAAGCUCUACUGCCAUGGAAGGUGUGUCAGACUAUUUGAUAGUCACACAAAACAGCAAGGUCUUCUUUGACUUUUAAGGUCUCUUCCAAAACAUUGAAGAAUACACUGUAAUAACUAUGCUAACUUUCUCAGUAUGUUAGUUCCACCCCAGGAGCUGUAAAUGCAAGUAAGACAAUUAACUCCUUGGAAAUGCCUCAGUUCAGCUGAUUAUUCUAGUUUCUAGUAAUUAAGAUUGCAUUUCAUGAUCCUCAGCCUUAUUAAAUUAGUGUUUACAGUUCUGUAUGCUACAAAAAUAAAACAUGGUUAUUUUAAUUAAAUUAUUCAUAAAUGGCAUUGGUUCCACCUCAGAUGUAUGUAUAAUGAGAACGGGACCAAGCAGACUUAUCAUUCAUCAUACAUUUUCAUGUAUUUUUGC